AUGCAGACAGUGAAGAUGAAAAACAUUCCUGAGAAGCAGAAAUGGGGUACUGAGAAGCUCCAUCCCAAAGCAAACUCUGUAUUGAAACAGGCAUUGCCUGGGGCUACCAAAGACAUGGGGAAGAUGCUGGGUGGGGAUGAGGAAAAAGACCCAGAUGCUGCCAAGAAAGAAGAGGAACGACAGGAAGCCCUCAGGCAAGAGGAGGAAGAGAGGAAAGCCAAAUACGCCAAGAUGGAGGCUGAAAGAGAAGUUAUGAGACAAGGAAUUCGAGACAAGGUAGGGAUCUGGCUUUCAGCAUGCACUUGGCAACUC